GAGGUUACUCUCUGGAGUCCCAGACAAUAGGCCUGGGCCGGAGUCGACGUCCUGCCCGCUGGUCGUGUCCUUGAUCCUGUACUCUCUAUAAAAGCAGCAUCUUCAUCGGCAUCUCAUUUUGGCCCUUGCCGUCCAACAAUACUCACUUCCCGCCUACAAUAUGCUCGCUACCGUAGUUCUGGUAUUCGCAGCUGUGCUGGCUACACACGCCGCCCCCGCCCCCAGUUCUGUACUAUAUCCUGUGCUGCCAGCCGCCCCCCACGCCUAUCUCGUCAAGCCGUACGCCGCCGCCGCCCACGUGCUGCAGCCAGCCUCCUACUCCCACGUCUCUCAUACGCAGUACACCAGCCACCCCGUGCCUGCUGUAGCUGCCGUGCCCGCUGUCCCUGCCGUCCCCGUGGUGCACGCCGCCCCCGCACUCUAUCACACCCCCGUAGUCUACCAUGCUCCUGCCUCCGCCGCACUGGUUGUCUGAUCUGCCUAACUAAUGUACUUCUCGAGGAACCUGAACAAAUAAAUUACUUUAUAGAAA